CCCCCCCACUGAUCGGACACCGGAGGACCGACACCGCGACCACCCGGACCCCAUGGGGUAACAGCAGACGUUCGGAGGAGAGGCUUUUGUUCAGCUACACAGAUGAACAACAGGAAGGAGGACAUGGAGAUCUCCUCUCACUACCGCCAGCUCCUCAGAGAGCUCAAUGAGCAGAGGCAGCACGGCAUCCUCUGCGACGCCUGUGUCAUCGUGGACGGAAAGAUCUUCAAGGCCCACAAGAACGUCCUCCUGGGCUCCUCGCGCUACUUCAAGACUCUUUACUGCCAGGUUAAAAAAGGGUCCGAGCCUCACCACCAAACCACCGUCACUCAUCUGGACAUUGUCACGGCGACAGGUUUCAAAGCCAUCCUGGACUUCAUGUACUCGGCGCACCUUGCUCUCACCAGUAAAAACGUGAUCGAGGUCAUGUCGGCUGCCAGCUAUCUGCAGAUGACAGACAUUGUCCAGGCCUGCCACGGCUUCAUCAAGGCUGCGCUGGACAUCAGCAUCCGCUCUGAGAUGGCCGACGAACUGACCGACUUUGAAAUGGGAGCUGUCGCUGCUCCCGGCAUAGGCGGAGGAGUCGGCGGGGGUGGAGUGGGUAUGGCAGGAACAGGGAGCGUCGCCGGAGCGGGUUUGGGUGGAGGAGCAGGAGGAGGAGGGGUCGUGGGCAUGGCCUCCGAAGCCCUCGCCUCCAUCAUGUCUGGUCGCAGCACCUCCCCUUGGCUGGCGCGACGCACCAGCCCGGCCAACUCUUCUGGGGACUCGGCCAUCGCCAGCUGCCACGAGGGAGGGAGCACGUAUGGCAAGGAGGACCAAGAACCACCCAAGAGCCAUGAGAGCCAGGAGGAAGCCUGCCACGACUCCCAGCCCGCCUGGCCGCAUGACUACAGGCCUGUCACUGUCAAAGAGGAACAGGUGUCCCCCACCUCCUCCUCCCAUCCCCGGGACACUCCCAGGGGGGCAGCCCAGAGCCAGGGGGAGCAAGGGACUGGCGGCGCUGCUGGAGGAGGUGGAGAGGGAUCCUGGCAACCCCUCUCAGGGUCAGGCCGGAGGAAGAAUAGGAAGAACAAGGACACGGUCAGACAUAUCACCCAGCAGUCUGAGAGGAACUGGGACAGAGAGCGGGAGAGGGAGAGAGACAGGGACAGUAGGCCGGGGUCUCCUCUGCCCUCCAUGCUGGCUGUGGCCGGAUGGAACUACAAUGGACAGUACAUCCCAGGGGCAGACGUGACCGAACCCAACAGCUCAGACAGCCGCGGCGAACGCCUCGACUUCUUCCUCAAACAGGAAGAGGCCCUCACCGCGGAGCCGGGCUUCAUGGGCGCCAACGAAUCGGAGGACGGCGGGGGCGGAGCCGGGGGCGGGAGCCUCUCGUCCGUGGCCAAUCUGAAGGCGGCGCUGAUGAGUAAGAACAGCCUGCUGUCGCUGCGGGCGGAGAUGAUGGGAGAUGAUAACCCCCUGCUCUAUGAGUACCUGCCCAAAGGAGGACACUCCCUGUCGUGGCUCCGCUCCAACAACUACUGCAGCACGCUCCGGCCAGGGGCCACGGGGGCCACAGUUCAUAACAAACAGGGGGCUGGCUCCUCUCCUUCUCCUCCUCCUCCUCCUCCUCCUCUUCUUCUACCUCUUCAUCUUCCACCAUCACCACUACCGCCAUCAUCGUCGUCAUCAACUCUGGCAUACUGCCCACCCACUCCACCCACUCCACUGCUCCCCUCUGAGCCUCGGCCCCUGGAGGCCCCCGGUCCGCGGGCUGGGGCACCCCCGCUGCGCGCAGAGGGGUCGGACAUGGACGUGGAAGACGCUCCCGGGGGCCCGGAGCCCUCCACCUUGCCUGAGGAGGUCAUAAAGGAUGAAGAGGAUAUGAAAGAAUACAGUGCAGGCUUGGAAGGUGAUCAGUUUCCUGUCGAGAGGGAUCAGAUGGUCCAUGGGAGCUGUGCCGGUGGGUUGAUGCCUGCGUCAGAGUCCGAGGCUGGCAGAGGGACGAGAGGGCUGCUGGUGCUGGUGAAUGACUUCACGGUGAUCCGUAAAAAGUUCAAGUGCCCCUACUGCAGCUUCUCCGCUAUGCACCAGUGCAUCCUGAAGAGGCACAUGCGCUCACACACCGGGGAGAGGCCCUACCCCUGUGAAAUCUGUGGCAAGAAGUUCACCAGGAGGGAGCACAUGAAGAGGCACACGCUGGUCCACAGCAAAGACAAGAAGUACGUAUGUAAAGUGUGCAGCCGGGUCUUCAUGUCGGCAGCCAGCGUGGGAAUCAAACACGGCUCCCGGCGCCACGGCGUCUGCGCCGACUGCUCAGGCCGGGGCAUGGCCGCGCUGCUGGACCACAACGGCGAGGUGGGAGGAGACAUCUCCCCCGAGGAGGAGCUGUAUCCCGGCGACCGCUUCCACGACGACCAGGCGGAGUGCGACGGCGACGGCGAGGGCGAGGAGGAGAUGCUGGUGGAAGGGGACGGCGAGAUGAUGGGAGAAGGGGAGGAGGAGGCGGUGAAGUGGAAGGACUCAGGGAUGAGCGCCGAGGCAGACGCGGCACUGGACAAUGAGAAGGAGGAGAGCGACUCCUCGGCGCAGGAGGGCGAGCAGCAGAACGGGACUGAGCGGGAGUUCACCUGGAUCUCCUAGAACCCGCCCGGCUCCUGCUCGAGUCACGUGACCUCCUGAAGAUCUCCUGCGAUCUGCUGGGCAGACACCACUGCUCUCUUUACCCGUUCGUCCCCACGUGGGCGGGCCUUCCUCGGAACGGAAAUGCUGUAGGGUGA